AUGUGUGCGGCGGCCCGAGCGAGACUGGUGGCGCAGGCGGACGUCAGGCUGCGCCCACAGCGGCUGGAUGCGUGCGGUGCGCGGGACAGUAGAGCGACUGCAGCGGAGCACGAGUGUGCAUACCUGCAGCAUCACGUGCACGCAGAGCCCGUGCUGCGGAGCAUCAUGGCGGACUGUGGCAAGGUGGAGUGGCCGGACAUAGAGCUCACAGUGUAUGCAGCGGGGGACGCCGUACACCGGUGCCCAGACCGAGUAGUGUUAGCAGGCGCUGGACAGCCUGCGGAGAAGCUCCGGCUAAGUUUGUUCAGUCGCACGGAUGCAGACGGCAACGGGUGGCACUAUGACCCGCUUUUCUUCGAAGGCAGAGUCAGUGUUCGCGUUGCAGAGCUGGACGUUGUGGAGGAGGCGGCCACUGCGUUCGAGCGCGCAGAAGCUGCAGGAGGCGAAGCAGGAGAGAACGAGGCGGUUGUCAGCCUGGGCAUGGGCGUGCGCAGGGACAGUGGAGACCAAAGGCAGGCGCUGGAGGAAGCUGUGGAGGACACUGUCGCUGGGAGGAUGAUCUCCAUGUCGGAAUUUGCGGGCAAGCAUUGCGGGCGCAUCGUCUGCGCGUUUCGCGGGUGUGAGUACACGUGUGCCACGGCGGACGUGCUGGAUGCGCACCUGCGAGAAGCACAUGCGGGCGACUUGGCGGCGGCUGUGGCGGCUCGGUCGCGCUUGAAGGGGGUCAGCAGCGAGGCGCACCUGGCGGUGUACCGGCUGUGCUUGCAGGAGCUGGCGCGCAGGUCGCCCCCACAGGCGAGCGCACGCCAAGAUCGCACCUGCUUGCGCAGCUACUGCGAUCAAGUGCGCACGGCCCGGACGCUCAUGUGCUUUGUGUGCGCGUGCCGAUUUGCGGGCGUGGAAGAGGAGACGGAUCAGGAUAUUCAGCGGUACCGCGUAGCGGACAUGCGCGGUUUGCUGGAACUGCUCUCGUUCACGACGUACAUGGAGAAGUAUGGCAAUCUUUGGCCGAGCGGGCCAGACUUGCGCGGCAACGAGGCUGCGUUCCGUGAGUGGCUCAGAGGGUUCGAGGGCACGCCUCUGUUGUGCUGUCCGGAAGACGUAGAUUGCGCAGCGCACGACGCGCGGAUGGGUGCGGGAGAGCUCUGCCCAGCGUGCAGCAUCCCGAUUUGCUCCGUGUGUGUCCAAGACUGGCGCGCAUCGAGGGGCUCGCUUCCAGCUGCAGCGUUGUCCAACGACAUGUGGACGGGGUACUUGCCUGUGGAGAUCUACACCCAGGCGGCCACGGUGUGCGAACUGAUUGCAGCCUCGCCGUGCCUCACCGGCAUGUUUUGUUUCUCCCUAGAGUACCACCGUGCAAGCAGCGUCUACGACGCGACGGCGUACAUGCCUCGCCACCGGCUCGGGGCGCGCGGCAAUGUGACGUCGUAUCCACUGCCCUGGCUCGACCUCUUAGCGCAGCUCGGUAGCAUGGAAGCUGGCAACAGCGUGGCGCUGCCGAGGACUGGCGUGGAGCUCGCAGAGACGGUGCAAGUCUUACUGCGGACAGGUGGUGGGCUAGGGGAGGCGGACGCAGGGAGAUUCUUGCAUCAGGCACGGGUUCGGCGGGCCGUAGUGCUGGCCUUGAUCCGCGGAGCUGUGGCGCGGAAGCACACUGCGUAUGCAAACGUGGACUUGGACGCGGCCAUGACUCGGGCUGCAGGUCUGCCGGAGGACGGGGUGCCUCCGGAAAUCGUGCGGCUGCUGGACCCGGAUCGGAACAUCAGUCGCCUGCGUCCGCAGAAAGCGGCAACGCCCGCCGAUGGGUGUCACCUGGAAGCGGAAGACGCGGCGCGGCAGCUGGCAGAUGUGCGCCCCCACGCAGUGCUGCUUGAAAACAGCAGCGCAUUGGAGGAGGAUGCCGUCGCGCAGGACAUCGCGGCCUGGCGACACUUUGACACGCAGCUUCGAUGGGGGACAGAGCCGCCCGAUGCAGCGGUGACUGUAACCGCGGGGUCGCAGCUGGUCGAUCAGUUCAAGCCGCUGUAUUUCGGUGUCGCUUUUGCGUUUUGCUUCAGUUACUGCAUAGGCUUGCCCGACUUGGUGCAUCACGGCACAACGACGCGGUACAGGCGGGAAGCGUCGGCGCCAAUCAUCGACUUCCCGCGCUGGGCUCGCGCUGUGAGUCGACGUGCAGAAAGCCAAUUUGCGCGCGACUGGCUGCUACUGUUUGCGCUGUGGAACUACAGUUUUCGCGUGCAAGUGAACGCGAGCCGUGGAUUGGUUGCGUACGUGCCUCGUGGGCUGCCCAGCCUGACAAGUGAGGAGCUGACGGAGGGCGCCGUCGCGCUGUGCAAGGCCUUGCGCGGUCAGUACCGCGCAGGGCCGGACGCGCCGCUGCAGCCGGUUGCUGGGGACGUCUCGAAGCUGCACAUGGUGCCGGAGCUUCCUCGCGCCGCGCGCGUUCUGCUGCAAAACGUGCAACACGUAUCAGCGAAGAUUCCAGGCACCGUGGAGGUGAGGAAGCUCAUGCGACACGAGACGCACGCGUACCGCAUCAUUUACGGGGAGCCAAUCUUCGUAACAAUCAGUCCAAACGAGCGGGACAACUUGCUGAGUGUGCGACUGUUUCGUUGUCGAAAGAGCGACCCUGUCGUGGAAGCGGACGAGGACGCGCGGCAGUGGGGCGGAGAACGCCAGCCUGUGCUGGGCACAGCUGUGACAGAGGCAACGGCAGGCUCGCUGCCUGCCUUUGAAGCACGGCGUCACCUGGCGGCGGCGGACCCGCUGUCAGUGGUGGAGGCCUUUCACUUGCAACUGCGGCUGUGUCUGCGACACUUGUUUGGCAUCAACAUCUGCAAGAACUGCCCGCGAUGCAACUGCAUGUCCGAAGACGGCAGCGUCGCAUCCUUGCGCCUCGGAAUUUUCGGGCGAGUUACAGCGGUGUAUGCGGCGCUGGAACACCAGAAAGCCGGCGGCUUGCACGCGCACAUGCAAGUCUUCGCGGAGAAUCUUCACCAAGUCACGCCCUUGCACGAAAUCUGGAACCGGCUGGAGAAGGAAGCCAGCGCGCCGAUGGUGCAGCGAUAUCUGGCGUUCAAGGCACACGUGUGCAAAGAAACCUACGACGACCUGGCCACGCAGCAGCAGCGUGCGCACGAGGUCGAGGCAGCGUGGCCGGAGCAUGCCCGCAACCCGGCGCUCGUGUCCAUGCCGACGUAUCUGCUGGAUGGGGACGCGAGCGACGCGUAUUGGGCUGAAGCGUUCCGGGCCGACGUGCAAAGGAUUCAAGAGCUGAAGCAACAUCACGUACACCCCUUUGAUGCAGAGGGUCGUCGGCAACUUCUACGGCACUGUCAAAGCAGAAAGGAUCGAACAGUGUGUAAGGGGCGCUUUCCACGCGUGCAGGAAAUCUGUAGCGAGGCGGUGGUGCUUUGUCCCGGCUUGGCUCGGGCGUUCAAUCUGCCGUUCCAAGGCCGUAGAAAUUUAGUGGGCGCUCUCGUGGGGCCGCGCAACAAUGAAUGGGUGAACGGCACCCAUCCGGCACUGACCGCUGCGCUGCGGGCGAACACGGACGUCCAGCUUCCGUAUCGACUCCCGCCCUGCAAGGAAACCCACAGCAGCCUGUGCGAUGAGGCCAGCUGCCUGGACGGGGUAGAUCUGCAAAGCGUCAUAACCGCCGCGCAGCACGCGCAGAACGCACAGUGUGGAUACGCUGGGGACUACGGCAGCAGGUGGUAG